CGUCAAAACAAAAAAAUUCAUAGCUUCGUUAAUUUGAAAAAAAAUUAAAAUGGAGGGCAACGAUCCCUCAAGAAUUGAAAUGAAGGAAGAUAAGGGGUUCAUAUUGUUCGGGAGGGAUAUUUCAAAAAUCCCCUGCUUCAGAAACAGUCUUUUGUAUGGUAUGGGUGGAGGAAUAUCCUUAGGACUUGGACAUUUUAUGUUUAAUAGCAGACCCCUGAAAGCGUGUAAUUUUGCGGUUUAUUCAUUUUCUUUAAUAACGCUGGCCUAUUGGAUACAAUGCAGAUAUAAUUACUCAGUACAGAAAUUUGAAAUGUUGAAAGUUCAGGAGCUUUUAAGACAGAAUGCUUUAUACGAGGGUACGCCAAAAGACAAACCUGUUCCAGAAGUUAUGGAUGUUUAGAUUAAAUUAGAUUGUUUAUAAUAUACAUAUAUAAAUAACAUAUAUUA